AGAAAAAUUAGAUUGAAACUUGGAUAAGUUGUGGUGGCGCUACUCAUCAUAUUACUGUCACGAUGAUAUUAAAUUUGCCCCAUCUGAUCAAUUAAAAUCUUCAGUUCAUCAGUGUACUUAGCACAAAGUCCACUCCUUAAAAAUCUAAGCCAAGACAAUAUUCCAAAUCAAUGUUUUGUGACCUUUUUCUUUGUUAGUAUGGACAUAUGGUUAUUAUUGUUGAGUUAUUAUUAAUUUUUUAUUGAUGCUUAAUUUAUAUUGGUGUAGUUUUUUUAUCGGGUGGAAUAUGUCCCAUUACCAAGAAGAUGAUGCUGAAUACAUGGAUGAGUAUGACAUUGAAGACAUAGAUGAUGAAAUGGAUGAAGAGUUUCCCAGCAGAUAUAUCUCUGGCUCAGACCCUGAUGUUGAUGAAAAUGACUACUCGAACAAUAAAAUUUCUGAUACUUCUGCUGCUCAAGCUAGAAGAGGAAAAGACAUCCAGGGAAUUCCUUGGGGUCGGCUUAGCAUCACUAGGGAAAAAUACAGGCAAACUAGGCUAGAACAGUACAAGAACUAUGAGAACAUCCCUCAAUCUGGAGAAAGGUCUGGGAAGGAUUGCAAAAUUACCAACAAGGGUGCAUCAUUUUAUGACUUCAGACUAAAUUCAAGAUCUGUAAAAUCAACAAUACUUCAUUUUCAGUUGAGGAACUUGGUAUGGGCUACAUCAAAACAUGAUGUUUAUCUUAUGUCACAUUUUUCUGUCAUUCAUUGGUCUUCGUUGAAACACAAAAAGCGUGAAAUUCUUAAUGUUUCUGGCCAUGUGGCACCAUCUGAGAAACAUCCCGGAAGUCUGAUGGAAGGUUUUACUCAAACUCAAGUCAGUACUCUUGCAGUUAAAGAUAAGCUGCUAGUUGCUGGAGGAUUCCAGGGUGAACUGAUAUGCAAGCAUUUAGAUCGACCUGGAAUAGGCUUUUGCUCCAGGUCCACAUACGAUGACAAUGCCAUUACAAAUGCCAUUGACAUCUAUGUCACUCCAAGUGGUGCAGUUCACUUUACUGCCUCAAAUAAUGACUGUGGAGUAAGAGAUUUUGAUAUGGAGAAAUAUCAGCUUUCUAAGCAUUUUCAUUUUCUUUGGCCAGUCAAUCAUGCUUCUCUGAGCCCUGAUGGGAAACUUUUAAUAAUCGUUGGAGACAACCCUGAUGUUAUGUUGGUGGACUCUGACACGGGGAAGACUGUUAUGCCUUUGCGUGGACACUUGGAUUACUCAUUUGCAUCAGCAUGGCAUCCUGAUGGUGUCACUUUUGCAACUGGUAACCAAGACAAAACUUGCCGGAUUUGGGAUGUUCGGAACUUGUCCGAGUCGGUUUCAGUCCUCAAGGGAAAUCUUGGAGCAAUACGGUCCAUACGCUACACAUCUGAUGGUAGGUACUUGGCGAUGGCUGAGCCUGCUGACUUUGUCCAUGUGUAUGAUGUGAAAAGUGGGUAUGAGAAUGAGCAAGAAAUCGAUUUCUUCGGUGAGAUAUCCGGGCUAUCCUUCAGUCCUGACACAGAGUCUCUCUUCAUUGGUGUAUGGGAUCGUACAUAUGGUAGCCUUCUUGAGUAUGGUCGACGGAGGAACUACUCAUACCUCGAUUCCCUGAUUAUGUGAGUUGAAGUAUCCAAAAUAAGUGUGUCGGUUUGGUUACUAAUGAAAUCUGAGCGGUAGAAGUGGGGAAAAUACAAAAAUAAGCGUGUCUGUUUGGUUAUUGAUGGUAUCUAAGCAGUAAAAGGGGGGAUUUUAGAUGUAAAUGUAAAAUGUAUGCUGUAACUUUAGGGUGGUUUGGCAUCAAACAUAAGUUAAUGGGAGGUGUAUGCACAGAAGGCUAGAAAACGCUGUUUAUGUGAACA